AUGGCAAAAGUAUUUACAGGUAUCAAGACCGGUUCAAUAACAUACUCUACUCAUCUAUCAGGAGCUGAUUUUAAUCAUGUAGUUCAUUUAAAUUCGGUUGGACCUCCUCGAAACGAAGUUAAC